AACUGCUUUUCAAGCCAUCUCUUGGUUAUCUUGUAGUUCUAUUUUAGUUGUCUACCAGUCACGUAGUGCUUAAGUGCUGUUGAUUUUGUCAUCUGGUAAUCAUCGAGUAGUUCUGUACUAGUCAUCAGCUAACCAAGUCAUAGUUUGCAAGCCAUCUUGCCAUCUUCUGGUGGUCCAUUAAUUAGAUACGAGUCAUCUUCUGGUCACCUGCUAGUCGUCCUCUGGAGUCUCGUCCUUUGCUGUCCUUGUCGUUUGUUAGCCGUCUAGUCGCCUUCCAGACUACUAAUGCUCAUCUAGUCUAAUUGUCUGAUCAUCAUGUGCUGGGUUUAUACUACUCAACUCCUGGUCAUCGACUAGUCAUUUUCUAGUUGUGUAUUCGUCUAUUAGUCACUUAAUAGUCAUCUACUUGUCCUCAUUUGCUAGGCAUCUGGUCCUCUUCUAAACUACUACAAAUAUCCUGGUCGUCAGCUACUAAACGUUUUGGUGUAUGUCGACUCGUCAUCCAAUAGUUACCGUAUGUACUAAUCAUCUUCUUCGCUUUGUGGUAGUCGUUUGCCAGUCUCAGACAAAUCCAGGUGGUUUAGUGUGGCUUUUGUUAGUUGUAGCGCCCCCCCCACCCCCCCCGAUCAACCUCGACGUGGUUUCCUGUUAGUCGUCGCGAAGCUCCUCUUCCCGGAAACGCGGCGUCGGAGACCUCUCCGAGCGCACGUAGCAUUGACGGCGGCAGCCGAUUGGCUGAGAGUAACAAGGAAGCAGGCGGGAGGAAAACGUCGCCAAAUGAGACCGGCCGCUGCCGGAACACCAAACGGACGAACGGCCCGGAUCUGGUCACGCGGGGAGCGCCCUUGCUGGCGUGACAUCACCCUGCCGCUUCUCCAAGGGUGUGCCUGGAUGACAGGAAGUCCGCCGGACUGCCUUCAUCCUGACAUCGCCGCUUUCUCCAGCACACCUCGCACGCCCUUCACACCGCACAAGAUGGCCGCCUGAAACGCUUUGAAAGGACUCGACGGCGAAAAAGGAUACAAAGUGUGCAGCGGCGAAGGCGCUGUGACUUCCUGAGUGUGGCGAACCCCGCCCCGGAUUGUCCUCCUUCGACUUUGCCAUGGACGCAGACACGGAAGCAUCUCUGCUCCUGCCUUCGCUGGUGUCAGCCGCCAUGUUGGCAUGCGCCGUAGUCCUGGCGUUGGUGUGCCUGCACUGCAGGGACAACGGACCACCCGUUUCCAUCCGGGAAGCGUGCGACACUGGCGAGUACACCCCAUCCACUCAAUUCAUACUGGUCCAUCCACAUCAGCCGACGACUCGCCUGACCUCUGGCCUGCUGUCUCCUUUCAUUCCAGCUUCGGAUUGCGUCAGUCAGCGCAGCAGAAGAUCCGACAGAGAGGCCACAGAAAGCGAGAGUACCCACAGCUACCAGAACUCUCACGAUGAACAGGACCUCUCAGUAUCCAUUACCGGGGACUACAUAUUAGUGCUGCCAGAUGACGAGGCUCCUGCGACCAAUCGUAGCAGUGCAUCCACGCCGAGCUCAGGUAGCAUCCAACGCAUUCGCCGGUUUUCCGCGUUUGUCCUGAUUUGGGGAAAAAAAGGGCGCCGCGUCUUUGUUGCAGAUGAACUACACGACUACGAGAACAUCCCAAAGGAGCACACGCAAAGGUCACCAUCAGAGGACAGGGACUACCUGAACGUGAUUGCUCUUCCUGAAGCGGGAGAGACGCCGAUGUUGUCCCAAAGGGAUGAUGAUGAUAACGACAACGAUGAUGACAGUGACAGUGAUGACAGCCAGGGGAAUUACGUCAAUCAACCCAGUGUGAUGUCAUCCAGCCCGCUACACGAUGAGACGGGAGGAGCGCCGGUGGUACCUGAAAGGGGUGGAGUUUGAUGACAGUGUCAUCUUUUGAUGCUGACAUGGACUAACGGCAUGGCUCUGUGGUCGAGUGGUCGUUUCUCAACCUAGAGGUUGAUGGUUCGAUCCUCGGCCAUUGCGACUAUGUCGAAGUGUCCUUGACCAAGAUACUGAACCUCCUGAUGCUGCGUCACUAGUCGGUGAAUGGGAUAAAAGUGUAAAGCGCUUUGGGUACCCGAGAAAGAAAAGCGCUAAGUGACAGCCUAUUUACCAUGAAUUCACUGCUGUUUGAUUUUUUUUUUUCUUCUGUAUUUGUGACUUUUGAUUUUGAACUGACGGUUCCUGAGAAUGUUUAAUUUCACACUAGUUAUUGUGUCCAUUGGAGUUUCAAGAUAAGAGGAUUGCAAUUAAGUACUAAUAUUGUCAAAAUAUGACAGAGUAUAAAUAGAAAUCUAUCUUGUUAUGAUGUCACGACAGUGGCAAAGUACCCACACUGUACAUAAGUGGACUUGCAGAUAGUUUAAUAAAAAAAAGAAAUU